AUGGACCUUGUCGGCAUUACGACCGGUGAUCACCACUUGAGCCCCAUAUCGGGCGAACUCGACAGCAGUGACGGCGCCGAUACCACCGCUCGAACCGUACCUGUUGUGUUGGGUGUUAGGUUGUUUAGACACAUUUAUAAGGGAGCGUUGAGAGCCCCGCCGUCGGACACAAAUUGGAUUCCCGUCACAAACGAGGCCUCGUCUGAGGCCAAGAAGAGUAUGGCGUUCGCGAUGUCUAUGGACUCACCGACCCGUCCGACCGGCCCUCCGAUUGCUCUUUCGUUAGGCCCACGGCUUGAAGGAAUAAUGAUUGAUUACUUAAUAACAUUAACGCGAAUCCCUUUUGGGCCCAACUCUAGUGCUAGACAUUGGGUGAACAUAUCGAGUGCACACUUUGACAUAGAGUACAGAUACCCUCUGGCGGACUAUCAUUUACCGUUUUCUCCAAGUGUUCGACCGAUAGAUGUGUUAAAUAGACGACUGAACGCAGACGGAUCAGUGAUCGGAGCAAAAACUCCUUUUCCGGCGUUAUUCACCAAAAUAUCCAACCGUUUGAAUGCACUGAUCGUACUGUCAAUCAGUCGUUUACAGUCCACGUCUUUACUCACGUCUGCCAACACUUCCAGUGGUUUCAGGCCUUUGGGUGAAACGGCCGCACAUUUUGUCGGCAUUACGACCGGUGAUCACCACUUGAGCCCCAUAUCGGGCGAACUCGACAGCAUGGUGAUCACCGGUCGUAAUGCCGACAACUUGUCAGAAGUGGCCAAACAAUGUGCGGCCGUUUCACCCAAAGGCCUGAAACCACUGGAAGUGUUGGCAGACGUGAGUAAAGACGUGGACUGUAAACGACUGAUUGACAGUACGAUCAGUGCAUUCAAACGGUUGGAUAUUUUGGUGAAUAACGCCGGAAAAGGAGUUUUUGCUCCGAUCACUGAUCCGUCUGUUCUCGACAAAUACCAGGAAGUGAUGGACACAAACCUGCGUUCAGUCGUCUAUUUAACACAUCUAUCGGUCGAACACUUGGAGAAAACUAAAGGCAAUAUAAUUAAUAUAUCGAGUGUUGCGGGACUUAAACCGUUUGGCAGAGCGUUUCUGUACUGUAUGUCAAAGUGUGCACUCGAUAUGUUCACCAAAUGUCUGGCUCUAGAGUUGGGCCCAAAAGGCAUUCGCGUUAAUGUUAUCAAUCCGGCGGCCGUUAGGACUAACUUCCUUCAAGUCGUGGGCCUAACGAAAGAGCAAUCGGAGGCCCGAUAUAGUGAAAGCGGUAACAAAUACCCGGUCGGACGGGUCGGUGAGUCCAUAGACAUCGCGAACGCCAUACUCUUCUUGGCCUCAGACGAGGCCUCGUUUGUGACGGGCGUUAACUUUGUGUCGGACGGCGGGGCUCUCAACGCCCCCUUAUAA